AUGAAAGAAGUUGAAUGGUUUGAUCAAUUCUCAAAGAUUUCAAUUCCAAGAGCCACUUCUAAAUGGAAUAACAAGAAAUCAUAUCGUAGUAGUGAUAUGGCAAUCUUUAAGAGAUCCAUGUGUAAUCAAAUGAUUGUUGGCCAAAAGCUAUUAAAGUCAGUCAGUUUGAUGAAUAAUGGAUCGGCGUUGAAUGCCAUCUUGGUCGGUGGAAGUAAUCGUAAAUGGAGUAUUGUUUUCCAUAAUCGUAUGGUUGGUAGUCAAGAGUUAAUCUCUCCAUCUUUGGUAGCCCAUAUUCUCGAUUGUCUCUUACUCUAUGUCGUUGAACUUAACAAGACCCUUGCCAAAGAACAACAUGACAACCCUAAACAACAAACACAACAAAAUCAACAAUCCACUUCCUCCUCCUCAUCACCAAGAUUCUUUUCAAAUAUUGAUGAUACUUUAGAUUCGACUGAAUCUCUACUCACCUUUUGUCAAGGUAUGCAAGAUUUUAUUCAAUCGCAUCGUACCGAUAUUGACAAUUCAUUGAUUGGAUUUAAUCUCAACCCUUCACUCAUUGACCAUAUCAACAACUAUCGACGUAUGAAUAUGGUCUUUAACGGUCCAACAACUCCCAAAAUGGGUGCUUCACUCACUUUUAUCAAUAAGGAUAAUAAUAAUAGAAAUAGUAAUAGUCAUAGUACUAAUACUACUACCUCUACUACAACUGGUCAUUCAAAUCCACUUACAUCUUCUUCUUCUAGUGGAUCGGCCAAUGCUAGUUUGGCUUCAUUACCAACUCCACCUUUACCAUUUGGAGGUAAAAUCACUCGUCGUAUAUUACUUAAAAAACAAUUAUCAAUGAAUCCAUCACCAAUUAUUACAAAACCAAUCAUUCCUCCCAACAGUAAUAAUAAUAUUAGUAGUAAUAAUAAUAAUCAUAAUUAUUUUAUUCAUAGUAAUAGUGGAUAUACACCACAAAAUACACCAAAAUCAUUUUUUAAUCAACAUAUUAGACGUUCAAAUCAAAAGUUGGAAUUGGAUACAAUGUAUUUAAUGAAUCUAAUGAACAAAUGGAGUAAAUUGUCAGACAAGAAGCUCGCAGUUGAACUACGUGACUUUUUAUGUCUCAACAAACAAGAAGAUUUCAAUCAUACCUCUCUUGCAAAGGGUGACCUCGUUAUAUUCAAGUAUCCAACUUCUGCCAAGGAUAUUUAUCCAACCACUCGUUACAUGUUUGGUAGAUUCACUGGUCAAUCUUGUGAUUCCCCAAAUUCACCAUUUAAAGAUACUACUUUAAAUACUGAAUAUCUUAGUAUUUAUAUUAAUCCAACUGAAACUGAAUGGAUUUGGAUUAAAAGAGAUGAUAUAAUUAAAUUUUCAAGUGCAUUUGGUUUAAUUGAUUUGAAUGCAAUGAAAAUGUCAGAGAUGAUUGAAUGUCCAACUUUGGCACUGCAAAAGAUGAUAUUGGCCAAAGAAGAGGAAUUGUUUAGAAACUUUUUAUCAUCAAAGAAUAUUCAACCUCAUUUAUUGGACAAGUUGGACAACCAGAUCUUGUCACUUGGAGAACUCAAAGAACUCCGAACUCUUUGUCUUUUGUUGACUCAGUUGUCAUCCAAUCUUCCACUAGAGUUGGUACAAUGUGUCCAAAAGAUGGUGAGUGCCGAGGUGGGUCGAUUCCUCAGUACCGUCGAACCAUCCUCUCUCUAUGUUCCAACACGUCGUCGUGUUUUAGAACAAUUGGAUUGUUACUCUGAAACGAGAAGUGGUCAAUCUUUGAAACUUCGUUGUGCUCAAUUACGCACACAAUGUGAGGCAGCCGUCUCCAAACUCAUCUCUCAAAAACUUGAAAUACUUGACGGUAAUAGAAAGAUGCGUGUUGUCAAUUGGUGGCUGUCGCUGAUCAAGGAGCGUGUGGAAGAGUAUCUUGUUGAACGUGGAUUCGACCCAGAUGCAGUGCCAGCAGAUUAUACUGUCACACCACCAGCCUCUCUCCAACGUGUCGCCAACAACCUCUUGGUGUUGCACAAUACUCUGCCAUCGGCCGGCUCUUGUGACCCCGCUCUUAUGGUACUCGUACGUAAACUAAAGGAUGAAAUCUAUCCAGUCAUUGAAGACUUUAGUACAUGCAUAAAGUACAUCCUCUGUGAAUGGUUGGAUGUCGAAACCAAGGACGUUGUCAUCAAAGACAUUUCCAACCAAGUGUUCCUCGAAUCGUUGGAAAAGAACCUCUCCUCACUCUCUCAAGACAAUGUCAACAAGAUCAAGAGAAUGAUCAAGGAUAUCGAUUAUCUCUCAGAGAUGAUCAAAUUGGAAAACUCCAUCUCUGAAAACUUUGAUGACGAUCGUCGUUAUGAAAGUGAUAUCAUCCCCAUUUCAGGUCUCAUUUUCGGUCGUCUCUAUCGUAUUGAAAAUGAACUCAGAACGGUUAUAGAGUGUUGGAAUAAUCAUCAAAUCAAUCAAAUGAAUUAUGAAAUGAAUGAAGAUUCUCCUCCCCCAACUAAACCAAAGAACAAUAACAACUCUGUCUCUUAUUCAUCAUCAAACUCUACUCCCAAUUUAAUCAUUCCCAACAUCAUUGAUAUUAAAAGUCAAAGUAAUAGUUGUUUUGAUUUAAACAACAGUUCUUCAAAUUCUACCAAUGAUUUAAAUGGAACAGAAAAAGGAGGAGCAGAACAACAAUUAUUAAAUAAUAAUAAUAAUGACAUACCAAUGGAAAAGGAACAACGUUAUCAAAAAGGUAAAUUCCAAAUUCCAAAAAUUGUAAUCGAAUCUCCACUUGAUUUAAAUGGUACCAGUACUCCUGGUAUUGCUAGUAAUUAA